CUUCUUUCUCUUUUCACUUCUCGUACAGAAGGUCCUUCCCUUAGCUCCAUCAUGGCGAACGUUGUCGAUACUAAAUUAUAUGACAUCCUAGGGGUGUCCCCCACUGCCACUGAAAAUGAGUUGAAAAAGUCAUACCGGAAGCUAGCAAAGGAAUAUCACCCCGACAAAAACCCAAAUGCUGGCGACAAGUUCAAGGAGAUCAGUUUUGCAUAUGAAGUGUUGACUAAUCCAGAGAAGAAGGAGCUGUAUGAUCGCUAUGGGGAGCAGGGACUGCGGGAAGGAGGUGGAGGUGGUGGGGGAAUGGAUGACAUCUUUUCACACAUCUUCGGCGGUGGACUUUUUGGCUUCAUGGGCGGACAGGGGCGCAGCCGAAAUGGUGGUAGACGAAGAGGAGAGGACAUGGUUCACCCACUCAAAGUUUCACUUGAAGACCUGUACAAUGGAAAAACAACUAAACUGCAGCUGAGCAAGAAUGUUCUUUGUGGCACUUGUAAUGGCCAGGGUGGGAAGACUGGCGCAGUUCAGAAGUGUGUGGCCUGCAGGGGUCGUGGUAUGCGCAUCAUGAUCAGACAGUUGGCUCCUGGGAUGGUCCAACAGAUGCAGUCCGUUUGUACUGAUUGUAAUGGAGAAGGUGAGGUGAUCAACGAGAAAGACCGCUGUAAAAAGUGCGAGGGCAAGAAGGUUAGUAAGGAGGUGAAAAUCCUGGAGGUCCAUGUCGACAAAGGCAUGAAGCAUGGGCAGAAGAUCACCUUCGGAGGGGAAGCUGACCAGGCGCCUGGGGUUGAGCCAGGAGACAUUGUCCUUGUCCUGCAAGAGAAAGAGCAUGAGACAUACAAAAGAGAGGCCCAUGACCUGCACAUGACCCAUAAGAUUGGCCUUGUUGAAGCACUUUGUGGAUUCCAGUUUACGUUGAAACACUUAGAUGGCAGACAGAUUGUAGUCAAGUACGCUGCUGGCAAAGUCAUUGAGCCAGGCUCGGUCAGAGUUGUGCGAGGCGAGGGGAUGCCACAGUACCGUAAUCCAUUUGAAAAAGGAGACCUGUAUAUUAAAUUUGAUGUGCAGUUCCCAGACAACAACUGGAUCAGCCCCGAUAAACUCAAUGAGCUGGAGGACUUGCUACCAACACGUGCCGAGGCUCCCAUAGUGUCUGGGGACGCGGAGGAGGUGGACCUGCAGGACUACGACGUCAGCCAGGGCUCGUCUGGAGGACGACGUGAGGCCUACAACGACAGCUCAGACGAUGAAGGAGGCCACCACGGCCCUGGAGUGCAGUGUGCCCACCAGUAGCAUCUGGCUCAGAGGAAAAUGUACGUGUUGCACCCCGUCCCCCGUCUUCCCAUCACGCAUCCCUCACUUUCCUUGUGGCAACAUCAGAUAAGAUGGAAAAAGGUCAUUUAUCCUUUGCUUGGUGUGUAACUUGCAUUUUUCUCAUAGUAUUUACAAUAAUUAAUUUAAACUAACCAUAAAAUGCAGUUUUGGCCUCCACCUCUGGACUGUGAGGUGUGAGUUAAGGAAGGGAGAUCCUGAAAGGACCCAGGACACAAUCACAUUUUUAGGUUUGUAUGUAUCUGUGCUUGAUUUUUACCGCUUGAUUUUUCUUUUUGUAGGUUUUUACUUUUGUUUUCCUUUCUAUAUAUAUAAAAAUUCAAACAUGACAACAUUGUGUAUAAUAUGAAAGUGAUUGUCGGUGAGCGUUAUCAGCUGCGCUAAUACAGUGGUGUGAUAUAAAUAGAAAAAACGCCUGUAUUUGUCCUCAACCCUGGUGCAUGUUAAGACCGCAUUGGUUCCUGCACCGAUUAAACAUCCAAUCUAACGAGAGAAGCUGAAAAAAUACAAUUUAAAAGCAGCUUAACUUCUGUGAAAAAAAGGUUUAUUAAGUUGUUAAAUAAAAGUUAUUCAAAUCUCAAACAGCAAUACAUGAUGUUUGUGAUUCUGUCUUGUGCUUGUCUGGGAAAUGACUUGCAUCCGUCAGGAAAAGUUCUUGGUUACCAUCUCAGUCCUUUUUCAUUAAUGUUGAUGGGUAUCAUAGAGAAUGAUAGAGGCCUCUAGUGGCUAAAAUAAUCAAAGCUUGAUGAGCUGGUUAUUUGUGUUUACCAACUCCAGUCUGAGUAUCCACAACAGCACUCCUGUUUAUUGCCCUGGACAAACUUGGCUGAUUCAGCUCAUUGAGGGCUUGAUUAGGUUUACUUGUCUGUGGCUACAACAAAAUGUGUGCUGUUGUGGAUACUCAAGGACUGGUGUUAGGAAACACUGCACUAGAGCUGCGUUUACAUUUGAAGCCCAAUUCUGAUCUUCUAUUAAUUUGUCUUUUGACCAAUCAGGUUGGCUCUUACCAAUAAUUGGGCUGCCUGUGUAAACGCAGCCUAUGUGUCAUGUUAAUGUGUUAUUACACUGAACAAAAAUAUAAAUGCAAAAUGUCAAGUGUUGGGUUUCAUGAACUGAAAUAAAAGAUAAUAGAUUUUUCCCA